ACGUACAUCUACCGAGUCCUCAAGCAAGUCCACCCCGACACGGGCAUCUCCAAGAAGGGCAUGAGCAUCAUGAACUCGUUCAUUAACGACAUAUUCGAGCGCAUCGCGCUCGAGGCGUCCAAGCUCUGCCGCUACAGCAAGAAGAAGACGCUCUCGUCCCGCGAGAUCCAUACA